AUGUUAGGGAAAAGUCUACUCAAGAACGCAACUAAGCGUGAGCACUUUGUGGUAUUCAUGAACAAAGUUCUGGAAUCGGGAGCAGCAGAGGUCGCACCACCCCUAGAGCAAGGAAAGGAGGUCUGGUAUCUACCGCUCUUUGGUGUAUAUCACCCUAAAAAGCCGGAAAAGAUCCGUGGUGUCUUUGAUUCCUCGGCGGAGUACAAUGGGACAUCUUUAAACAAGGCUCUCAUUACUGGACCCAAUUUUACGAACAACCUACAGGGGAUCUUGAUUCGUUUCCGAAAGGACAAGUGUGCCAUCGUAGCUGACAUUGAACAAAUGUUUUACUCGUUCUUUGUCAAGGAGGAUCACAGAGACUAUUUAAGGUUCCUCUGGUACAAGAAUAAUGACCCUCAUGCUCCACUUAUCGAAUACAGGAUGAGAGCGCAUGCCUUUGGAAAUUCGGCCUCACCAGCGGUAGCCACAUACGGCCUCAGGAAAUGUGUUGAACGGACGAACGUCUAUGGUGCUGAUGUAGCAGAUUUUGUGGUGCACAAUUUUUAUGUGGAUGAUGGGUUGACAUCUGUACCUUCAGUGGAAGCAGCAGUGAGCUUAUUGAAGAGGACCCAGACAGCUCUGAAGGAGGAAGGCAAUCUUCGUCUCCACAAGAUUGCAUCCAACGAACCUGCAGUUAUGAAUGCCUUUCGUCGACAGGACUUAUGCAAGGAGAUGGUAUCACUGAAUUUGGAAAAGGACGCUCUGCCUGUUCACCAGAGCCUAGGCCUGUCUUGGGACUUACAGUUUGACACAUUUACCUUCCAAAUACAACUUGAGGAAAAGCCAGACACAAGACGAGGGUGCCUGUCGACACUGAAUAGUAUUUAUGACCCUUUAGGGUUUGUUGCACCUAUGUUAAUCCAAGGAAAAAUCCUUCUCCGAGAUAUAACAAAUUCCAUGAACUGGGAUGAAGAAUUAGAACCUGAAGCAGCCAGGAAGUGGAAUGCGUGGAAAAGCUCAUUACCCUUGUUGGAAAAUGUAGUCGUUCCUCGUAUGUAUUUUGAAGAUUCACUGAGCCACUUGAACCAGGUACAACUGCAUGUCUUCUCAGAUGCUUCAGAACUGGCAGUAUCGGCAGUGGCAUAUCUCAAAACAUGUUACAACGAUAGAAACGACAUUUCCUUUGUCUUGGGAAAGGCAAAAUUGGCCCCCUCUAAGGGACACACGAUACCACGUCUCGAGCUCUGUGCGGCACUCUUGGCUACGGAAAUAGGGGAAAUUGUAAAAGAGAAUAUACAAAUCACUCUCAAGGAUAUUCAUUAUCACACUGAUAGUAAGGUUGUAUUAGGCUAUCUUAACAACAAGACUCGGCGCUUUUACAACUAUGUCAGCAAUCGAGUAGAACGCAUCCUUCUAGUGUCAGAACCAAGGCAAUGGUUCUACGUAUCGACACACAACAACCCGGCUGAUCAUGGGACCAGGGGGCUUGCAUCUGCAGAAGAACUUCAAGACAAGUGGCUCAAGGGACCAUCUUUCCUUUUAAAACCCGAACUUGAUGCUGCGCAAGAUUACCCACUUGUGUCGCCUGAGAUGGACAAAGAAAUCAGAGUGGAAGCAAAAAAGACCACUUGUGCACUUAAAGAAAGUUUUGUGACCACAUUCGACAGAUUCAGUAACUGGCACAACUUAGUGGGAGCAAUAGGUCUUAUUAAAGGGCUUGUUAAAGGACAUUUGAAAGAUAAAGCAAGCGCCGAACCAAAUCACAUAGGCCUAAGAGAGGAAUCACAUAAGCUUCUAAUCAGAUUGACUCAACAAAGCGCAUACUCAGAUGAAAUAUCCUCCCUGCGUGAGGGAACAUUAGUCUCAAAGGCCAGCCUGCUUCAUCGUCUGUCCCCAUUUCUGAACGAAAACGGAAUCCUGCGAGUAGGUGGGAGACUUUCUCAGAGCAGCCUGCCAGUCGAACAACGCAAUCCAAUGAUCUUACCAGGAAAGGCUCAUCUCACAACGCUACUAAUAUCUCACGUCCAUGAACGUGUACAGCACCAAGGCAGACUCAUCACAGAAGGAGCUUUACGCAAUUGUGGUUACUGGGUGAUUGGUGCUAAGAGAGCCAUUUCUUCCUUCAUCGACAAAUGUGUGAUUUGCUGCAAGCUGAGGGGGACUCUGGAAUGCCAGAAGAUGGCCGACUUAUCUUCGGAUCGCAUAAGCCCAGGACCUCCAUUCACAUCAGUUGGGGUAGACACCUUUGGUCCCUGGAUGAUCGUUUCAAGAAAGACAAGAGGAGGAAUGGCACACAGUAAAAGGUGGGCACUUCUCUUUACCUGUCUCGUCACAAGAGCCGUGCAUAUAGAAGUGGUCGAGGACAUGAGCAGUUCUUCCGUGAUAAAUGCAGUUCGUCGACUGGUAGCGCUUAGAGGGGAGGUAAAGGAGUUCAGAUCAGACAGGGGCACCAACUUUGUUGGAGCAGCAGACGAGAUGAGAACAGAUGUAAUCAACGUAGAGGAAGGACCAUUCAGAAGGCAGUUGAGCACUACUGGAACAAAGUGGAUCUUCAACGCACCACACUCCUCCCAUAUGGGUGGAGUGUGGGAACGCAUGAUCGGCAUAGCAAGAAGGAUUCUGGACGCCAUGUUCCUUAAACAAGGAAAUAUCAUCACCCAUGAAGUCCUCGUCACUGUAAUGGCCGAAGUCUGUUCUAUUAUAAACUCGAGGCCAAUCACAGCAAUAUCGUAUGACUCAGACGCCCCAAUGAUUCUGAGUCCUUCCUUGCUUCUUACACAAAGAACUCCAGGAAGUCCAGCCAUGUGUGAGGGUUUAGAUAUCAAGGACAUUUACAGAGCACAGUGGCGACAUGUUCAGGUCUUAGGAAACACGUUUUGGAAACAGUGGAGGGAACAAUUCCUUCAAAAUCUUCAAACCCGUCGAAAGUGGGCAGAGGAACGACCAAAUAUUAAGAUAGGUGAUGUGGUCCUACUCAAAGACUCUAGUUUAGCCAGAUUCCAAUGGCCGGUUGGCAUCGUCGAAAGUGUUUUCCCCAGUGACACUGAUGACCUUAUUCGCAAGGUACAGAUUCGCAUAGUCAGGGACAGAAAACCAGUGGUACUUACCCGUCCAAUAACCGAAAUGGUGCUCUUGAUGAACUAG